GCAAUUCUACAACUGCCUGCUCCCAGUGUCUUCCGGCUUGCUUGCAAGCCACUAUAUGUACACGGUCGUCAAAGGUCGUCAAAAGACUGUCAAAAGUGUGCGCAUUGCUUCCCGUCAGCGCGCCCGCCGCAAUAUUCGUCCGCAAGUCUCCGCACGUUCAGAAAGCGUUGCCCAGCUAGCCGAGCUGUCAUGAUCGCGUCCCGCCUGGUCCAGUCAAAUUGCUGCUCCGACACCCGUCAGCCAGUAUCAGUGUCAUAAACUAGCUAUAAACAGGAAUAGACAAUGAUGCGGGUUGGGACGCCAUCCCUUCUCGAACCCCGUCCUCGACCCACACCGCGUCACUGAAGCCAUCUUCCCCGCACUUCCCGGAAGCGCUGCGAUCAGGGGAUGCGAGAUGUCUUCUCAGUUGGACCCGGCUAUCCUCCAGUUCUAUAAGGAUUGGCAGACUGUGACGUAUAGCUACGUGGGCCUUGCAGUCUUGCUCCUCUAUGACGCUGUGAUUUCUUUCCCGAGGUCAUAUAAGCUCAUCUGGCGGAGCUCAUGGUCUUGGGUGAAAGUAUCAUACUUCUGCUUGAGAUAUGUGAUCAUAAUCCAAUUUGCUUUCUCUCUGCCUCUUUUCUUCUCUUAUGGCCUAUCUAAACAAUGCUGUGAACGUAUUUUCAACGUUUACGAUUGGUUGUCUCCAUUUCAAGGGAUCCCACUGACAAUUGUCAUGACCCUUCGAACAUAUGCAUUGUACGAGAAGGAACGAAGGGCCAGGAUAUUCAUAAUCACCCUUGUCAUUAUCGACAUCAUCGCUCAGCUGGCUGGCUGGGUCCUCGUAUCCCUUGAGACGCAUAUCAUGGAUAUUCCAGAAGGGCCGGGGUUUCUCUCAGCAUGCAAUCUCCGUAUCGGCCCUCAGCCUACAGUAAUCAUGGUAUUUAACAUGGGGACGCUAAUGGUAUUUGACUUCAUCAUAUUUGUGAUGACACUAUACAAAACACGUCAACUGCUCCGUGGCAGCAGGACAAAGCUCGUCUGGCGCUUACACUGCGACUGUAUAUUAUAUUACAGCGUGUUAUCUGUUAUGACAAUUUUGACCUUGAUGUCGUAUUUUAUAUUUACCAAGGAACGUCUAAUCCUGGUUUACGUCCCCGAGACGAUACUUCGCAUACUCCUGACGACCCUCGUUCUCCGAAUAUUGCUUCAGCUACGCCAGGUCGCGAACG